CUUUUCACAUCAUCACACUUUAAAAACAUCAUCACUAUAUUACCUAAAUUAUUCGUGUUUAAAUCUUUUAAUAUAAAUUGUUUCAAUCUGGCGCAAAAGAAUGAAAUGGGAGAGUCCAAUCUUAUUGUGGGCAAACCCGUAGACGUUGGUUCAGGAAGAUGCAUGAGCAUCCAGGCCAUGCAGGCUUUGUUUGAGCUCAGAGAAAACAAUCAACUUUGUGAUGCUACUAUUAUUCUCGACGAUGGGUCCGAAAUACCUGUGCACAGGGCCAUUCUCUGCGCCUGCAGUUUAUAUUUUAGGGCGUUAUUUACGACAUCGUUGCAUAACAGAGAGAAGAACAGAGUCCAUUUGCCAGGUGUUAGUUCGGACAUGCUACAAACUUUAUUAGUGUACAUAUAUUUAAGAAAACUUGAUAUAACCGAGCAAAACGUUCACAAACUACUUAUAACUGCAGAUUACCUAAGCAUAUUGGGAGUACUGGACUUGUGUUGCAAAUUUUUGGAAAAAACCUUGAAUCCUAAGAAUUGCGUGGGAGUGCUGACGUUCGCUAAGAACCAUUUUUGCAAGCAGUUAUCUGAUAAUACCUGGAAGUAUAUUAUGAGAAACUUUACUCAAAUAGCGACCGUUAGUGAUGAAUUGCUAACCUUGAGCUUGCCAGAAAUCCAGGAAAUUAUAAACGCAGACGAUUUGAAUGUUAAAAGCGAAGAGACCGUGUGGGAAGUGAUUUUAAGAUGGAUAAAUUAUGAUCCUGAAGAAAGGAAAAAAACACGUUGUUGCUCUAAUGAAGUGCAUACGUUUGGGGUUGUUGGAUACUCAAUUUUUUUUGGAGAGAGUGAAGGAUCACCCUUACGUAGCCACAUGCGAGGAAAGCCGUCCAAUGAUAAUAGAAACCUUAAAGUUUUUGUACGACUUGGAGAUGAUAACGCACAGAGAUGGAGAAGUGAUCACGCCGGAAAUAGCCAGACCCAGGGUGCCACACGAAGUGCUAUUCGCUAUCGGUGGUUGGAGUGGAGGUUCCCCCACCAAUUUUAUCGAAACCUACGAUACAAGAGCUGAUAGAUGGGUCAAAGUUGAAGAAGUCGACCCUACGGGCCCCAGAGCGUACCAUGGUACCGCAGUCGUGGGUUUCAAGAUUUACGUUAUUGGUGGGUUUGACGGAAUGGACUAUUUUAAUUCUUGUAGGUGUUUUAAUGCUGUUGAUAAGAAUUGGAAGGAGAUUGCUCCAAUGCAUGCCAGAAGAUGUUACGUUAGCACAGCGGUCUUGGAUAAUUUAAUUUACGCCAUGGGUGGAUAUGAUGGCCAUCAUAGACAAAACACUGCUGAAAAAUAUGACCAUAAAACAAAUCAAUGGUCUUUGAUAGCACCAAUGAACAUGCAGAGAUCUGACGCUAGCGCUUGUAACUUGAAUGGAAAAAUUUAUAUUACUGGAGGAUUUAACGGGCAAGAAUGCAUGCAUUCAGCCGAAGUGUACGACCCAGAAAUCAACCAAUGGUCUCUCAUAAACCCGAUGCGUUCCAGAAGAUCCGGCGUUUCUUGUAUAGCUUACCACGGUCAAGUAUACGUCAUUGGCGGUUUCAAUGGCAUAUCGAGGAUGUGCAGCGGCGAAAAAUUCAACCCGCAAACGAACACCUGGACUCCCAUACCCGAUAUGUACAAUCCCAGAAGUAAUUUUGCCAUCGAAGUUAUUGACGAUAUGAUCUUCGCUAUUGGAGGUUUCAAUGGUGUAACAACUAUUUACCACGUGGAAUGUUACGAUGAGAAGACGAACGAAUGGUACGAGGCGACUGAUAUGAACAUUUACAGGUCGGCGCUUUCUGCGUGCGUUAUCGAUGGUUUACCGAACGUCCAGGAUUACAUCCACAAGCAUAGAGAUCGUUUGAUGGAGGAGAAGCGACAGAAGAUGAUCGCUUUGGAGAAUCAGAGGAACAUGGCCGGGAUGGCCAAUAACCAAUCCAUUAUAUCCUUCCAGGUAAACCAGCAGGACAAUAUGGCGGCCGCAGUAAAUGCGAACAUGCAACAGUUGAACCUGCUGCAGCAGCUGAACGCCAACUUGAACCCGGCGCUACCCGCCGCCCCCGAGCCGCCGCCGCCGCCAGCGGCGCCCAUGGACGUCGACGAUAACGAGGACGAGGGCGCGGCGCAAUAGAUUCGGGUUUUUUUCGAUUUUUUUUGCAAAACAAAAUUUUUUUUAGUAAGACUUACAGACUUACGCAGUGCACUGCAGUGAUGUGUUUCACUAGUGAUUUUAGAUUUGAAUUUUAAAACAUAGAUAGCAUUAUAUUUACAUACUUUUAUUGUAAAUAUAUA